CCCACAAAGAAUCAGGUAUAAAUAAUGAUGUCACUAGAAGAUUUUAUGUCCCAAAAUCAUAAAAACACGAUAAAACCCAGUAAAAUAAACAAUGGAAAAUGUGUACUGCCAACAACGACCUUGAACGAAGUGAUUCAGCUUAGUGCGAAAUUUCCAAUAUCGUUCCCGAUAGAUUCAGCAAAAUGCGAAUCGUUAAAAAAAGUUGUAAGUGACGAAAUUUUAGAAAGAAAUAUUCGAUCUGUUUAUCCUAUAAUUCAUCAAAAAGUUUUGAUUUUAUACAAAGACUUUCUAAGUCAUAAAAGAAAAUUUGGAUCUAAAAUUGAAAAAACAAUUUAUAAAGAUAUGACUGUAGUGGAUUUGGUGGAUCGAUUAUUAAAAAAACGGGCUAUUACUUUUGUCGGGGUUAUGGAUGCUUGGAAAUUGAGAGACGGCAAAGAAGGAAUCGGCGACUGGGAAUCAAUUGGAACCGAUGACGAAACCAAUUUGAAAUUAAAAGAUUAUCUUAGUUACGACGAAAUAAAAUUGUCCGCCUUUUUAUCGGUCUCAUCCUACACUUAUUUCAUAAACGACGGAAACAGACGAAAUAAAGGUAUAUUAGAAGAAGAUAGAACUAAAAUCGAAGACGAAGGUGUUAUUAUGGGCUUAAUUGGAACAAGAUUGGUCAAAAGGAACGUUAUGGAAUAUCAAGACAUUAUUAUUGAUAAAGAACAAAACGUAGGAGGGAAUGGUUACGGACCAACAUUUGCACCAACUAUAAAUUCAAUGUACGCUGGCUUUUAUGAUAAAAUAAACAUGACGUAUCGGGAAUUUUUAAGCUCAGAAUUUAACAAAGAUUCUGUAAAUUUUAAAAUGUUAGGAAACGACUAUUAUUUUGAUAAUUUAACAUAUUCAAAACGAAUAUCUCUGACUGUGGACACAUUUUUAAUAGAAGCUAACACCAGAGCGAAACAAUCUAAUAAAUUUGCAUACGUUCAUUUAGUUGGAAUUGGUCUUGGUGUUUGGAUGAAAUCAACUCAUCAACUUGAUGUGUUUACUAGAACAGUUUCUCAACGAAUCAUAUCUUUAGGUGCACAUCUUCAUAACAUUUCAGAUGUAGAUUUAAGUUAUAUCCAAGCUGUAUCAUGUGGUAAUUAUAAUAGUGGCGAUAAAAUACCAAUUGAAGGUCAUCCAAACGGUGGGAUUAACAUUUAUUUAACAAAAAAUCAACCUCAUGUUCGUUUACAAGAAAUGCACGUUGGAAAGUUAAAGGUAGUUUCUUAUGCUUGGGAUGCAAAUGCAUUUCCCGGAAAUGAAUAUUGGUUUGGAAGUUUGCAAUCGAGCAGUGAUCCUGCGGCUGCUUGUUCUACACAAGUUACAGAAUUACACAAUCCUUAUGUCAAUAAAAUGCUUUGUGGUGCAAAUCUUCAUAUAGCUACUGCUGAAAGUGGUGUUAUUCAUGUUGAUCAUUAUUUAAAAUCUAUUAAAUAAAUAAAUUAUUAUAUUUCUAA